AUGGCCGAGCACCUCUUCAAAGAUAAAUUCAAGGUGAUCAGGCUCGAUCCUGAUGGCAAGAAGUUCGACAAAGUCACUCGAAUUGAAGCUUAUAGCGAGAACGAAAUGUACAUGCAGCUGGAUGUUGCUACUGAGGUCUAUCCAAUGCUUGUUGGUGACACAUUCAACAUGGUUUUAGCUCUCACUCUGAACCUGGAUGGAUCAACAGACACUGGCUACUACACACAGGCUGGAAGAAAAAUGCUUGCUGACGAUUAUCAAUACAUCAUGCAUGGAAAGCUUUACAAGAUCUCAGAAGACAGUACCAAAGACAGUAAUGGCGAUUCAUCUACUAAAGUGUAUGCCUUCUCUGAACUUGAGCAAUGUUACAUAUAUAUGAUGCUACACUGUUUUAUUUCCCUGCCCCUUCGCAUUUUUCGUGAAGACACCCUUGUAGUUACUAACAGCCUGUAUCUACAUGGUGAUGAAAUACUGCCACGGUUUGUGGCCAUGUGA